UAAAAUGCCAAACUUUUUUCCCGUCACAUUAAAAACCUUUAUUUUUUUGCCUUUGCCAACCGCCUCGACGGUAUAACGGUAUUAAGAAAUUUCGUGCAACUUCUGAGUAGAUCAGUCAUCUUUCCUCCCUUACGAACAUGACUUCAUUUCUUUAACAUUCAGAAUUUUAAUGGUGGAAUGGCGUAUUCCCAUCAAAACACUAAUAGCGGAAAUCGAGAAGAAACGGAGGAGAAUUACAUUCAUCAGCGACAUUUAUUCGGCAUAUCUGACAUUUCCUAUAUUAGCAAAAUCAACCCCAUGAAUCGUGACAAGAUAACGAAUUUCCCAAGAUCCAACCGGAGCCACCGGAGUUACCGGAAGAACGAAACAAGCUUACCGAGAUACCAGGCACGAAUCGACUCAUUUCGGAAACGAGUGCUAUUGGAAGGAGGUUAUCGGAGUGCACGAUUUGGAAGGAUAAUAAGGAAGCAAAUAUCAGCUGCAUUUUUUUGACAAGCCAAGAAUGAACUAGGAAUUAAUGAUCCUGUUUCUUGCGGAAACAUUUUAGGUAUAAUUCUUAUACUCUCGCCCGGCUCCUCCGCCUAUAGAGAAACCCCUGAGCUAUCAAAAGGAUUCAAAAAGAUUGUCUUUAGAAGAUCCUCGAGACAUUCUGUAGUGUAAAAC